CUGGGGCGGGACUUGCAGAAGCCCAAGCCAAGGGCGCAGGUGCGGCCGCUCUGCCAUGGCGGAGAGGCAGGGCCUGGCAGGUGACCCGGUUCCCAGCCCUUCUGUGCUGUUCCUGCACCCGGACCUGGGCGUGGGCGGUGCGGAGCGGCUGGUACUGGAUGCUGCGUUGGCGCUGCAGGCGCGCGGCUGUCAGGUGAAGAUAUGGACGGCGCACUACGACCCGGGCCACUGCUUCGCGGAGAGUCGCGAGCUGCCAGUGCGCUGCGCCGGGGAUUGGUUGCCGCGCAGCCUGGGCUGGGGCGGCCGGGGCGCCGCCGUCUGCGCCUACGUGCGCAUGAUCUUUCUGGCGCUCUAUGUGCUGUUCCUCGCCGACGAGGAAUUUGACGUGGUAGUGUGCGAUCAGGUGUCUGCCUGUAUCCCAGUGUUCAAGCUGGCCAGACAGCGGAAGAAGAUCUUGUUCUACUGUCACUUCCCGGACCUGCUGCUUACCAGGAGAGAUUCUGUUCUUAAGCGGCUUUACAGGGCCCCGAUUGACUGGAUCGAGGAGUACACCACAGGCAUGGCAGACUGCAUCUUGGUCAACAGCCAGUUCACAGCUGCCAUUUUUAAGGAAACCUUCAAGUCCCUGUCUCAUAUAAACCCUGAUGUUCUCUACCCAUCUCUGAAUGUCACCAGCUUUGACUCAACUGUUCCUGAAAAACUCGAUGACCUAGUCCCCAAGGGGAAGAAAUUCCUAUUCCUCUCCAUCAACAGGUACGAAAGGAAGAAAAAUCUGGCUUUGGCACUGGAAGCCCUAGUCCAGCUGCGUGGAAGAUUGACGUCUCAGGACUGGGAUAGGGUUCAUCUGAUCAUGGCAGGUGGUUACGAUGAAAGAGUCCUGGAGAACGUGGAACACUAUGAGGAGUUGAAGAAAGUAGUCCAGCAGUCAGGCCUUGAGCAGUGCGUGACCUUCCUGCGGUCCUUCUCAGACAGACAGAAGAUCUCACUCCUCCACGGCUGCACGUGUGUGCUCUACACUCCAAGCAAUGAGCACUUCGGCAUCGUCCCUCUGGAGGCCAUGUACAUGCAAUGCCCGGUCGUUGCUGUUAAUUCAGGUGGGCCUUUGGAGUCCAUUGUCCACAACGUCACAGGCUUUCUGUGUGAGCCUGACCCUGUGCACUUCUCAGAAGCAAUAGAGAAGUUCAUCCAUGAGCCAGCCUUAAAGGCUACCAUGGGCCUGGCUGGACGAGCCAGAGUGAUGGAGAAGUUCUCCUCGGAAGCAUUUACGGAGCAGCUCCACCAGUACGUCACCAGGCUGCUGGUGUGAUCAGUUAAAAGUCUUUAUAAGACAGGUGGCAUUCACUAUGAUCGUUUUUAUGGAUUGUAGACCCACUUUGAAACCAAAAAAAGAAGCCUAGAAUUGAGUGCAGGAGAGAUCUUUUUAAAAUGUGACACGCUUUGAAUGUGAGGCACCAGUGUACCACACCUACCUGUUUCUUUACUGAAAAACAUCUUUAGUGCUGUAAUCAUUCCAAAUCUUACCAGUGUUGACAUAAAAAUGUUAGAAAUGUACCAACAGACUAUUUUAAUUGUAUUUUUCUGGAUUAUUUUUCCUCCAUAUACAAAUGAUUGAUCAUACUGUGCCUUAAUUGGCUUUAAUAGUUUAAGUCUUACCAUUGUCAAAGUUGAACGAUUUGACUUCCAGUUAUACUGGGAACAGAGUUACUCUGGUUCCCACCUUCAAUCCACUUAAAGUGUUCUCUGUCGAAUAUUGGAAAUUUUUUGUUAAAAAUUUGCUUGAAUAUCCAUAUCAAGAGUGCUCAGUAUUGUUUUUACAAAGAUAAUUUGUUGUAUUUAUGCAUACUGAGCCUUAACAAUAAAAGAUGUUUGACAUAAGAGUCAA